UGUGGAAAUUUUUAACAUUGUUUGUGGUGGGACUAUCCCUAAGGGUCUCCGCUCGUGACUGGUGGGAAAAUGGCAAUUUCUAUCAGGUAUAUCCAAGAUCCUUCCGGGAUAGUAAUGGUGAUGGUGUGGGUGAUUUGAAUGGUGUGGCCCAAAAAAUUGAAUAUCUCCGCGACUUGGGCAUGGAUGGUGUUUGGCUUUCGCCCAUUAUGAAAUCGCCCAUGGCUGACUUUGGUUAUGAUAUUUCCGAUUACUAUCAGGUCCAAGGGGAAUAUGGUUCCUUAGAUGAUUUGUUGCGUUUGAUUGAGAAGGCUCACAGUGUGGGUUUGAAAUUGAUUUUGGAUUUUGUACCCAAUCACACCAGCGAUGAACAUGAAUGGUUCCAGAAGUCGGUGGCCAAUGAUUCCUAUUAUCGUGACUUCUAUGUAUGGCAUGAUGGUAAAAUUAAUCCUGAAACUGGUAAACGUGAACCACCCAGUAAUUGGUUGUCGCAAUUCAAAUAUUCCGCCUGGGAAUGGAAUGACCAACGUCAACAGUAUUAUCUCCAUCAGUUCGGUGUGAAACAACCCGAUUUGAAUUAUCGCAACCCCAACGUAGUGGCUGCCAUGAAAGAUGUCUUGAAUUUCUGGAUGGAUCAUGGUAUUGAUGGUUUCCGUAUUGAUGCGGUGCCUUUCCUAUUCGAAAGUGAAAUUGACCCAUCAACUGGUACCUAUCCUGAUGAACCGGUGGUUGCUGAUACCUCCUCCUGUCCCGAUCCCAAUGAUUGGUGCCAUUUACAGCAUCCUCAUACUAACUCCUUGCCGGAAUGUAUUGAUAUGGUCUAUCAAUGGCGUCAGGUGAUUGAUAUCUGGAAAUUAGAACACAAUUCCACCACGAAGAUUUUGUUGACCGAAGCCUAUACCAGUUUUGAGAAUCUCAUGAAAAUGUAUGGCGAUGGCCAGAGAAAUGGUUCCCAUGUCCCAUUCAAUUUUGAAAUGUUGGCUGCCUUGAAUAAGGACAGCACUGCGGAGGAUUAUCGCUACUAUGUUAAACAUUGGGUGGACAAUAUGCCCGAUGAUGUCUAUGCCAAUUGGGUAUUGGGUAAUCAUGAUAAUCGCCGAGUGGCUUCCCGAUUUGGACCACAACGUAAGGAUUUGUUAAAUAUUUUCUUGCAGACAUUGCCGGGUAUUUCGGUGACCUAUAAUGGUGACGAAUAUGGUGCCGAAGAUGUUGAAUAUUCCUGGGAAGAUACCGUCGAUCCCCAGGGCUGCAAUGCCGAUCCAGAAACCUAUCAGAAAUAUACUCGUGAUCCCGUACGUGCCCCCUUCCGUUGGGAUUCCUCUGCCAAUGCUGGCUUCAGUCGUGCCGCCAAGACUUGGCUACCCGUGGGUGAGGGUUAUGAAAAUAACAAUGUCCAGGCUCAAUUGGAUGCCGAUAAUAGUCAUUUGAAAAUCUUCCUGCGAGUAAAUAAAUUGCGUCGUGAGGAGCCAGCCUUUAGUGGACACAGUGUAGAUCCCGUCGUCGUAGAUAAUGUAUUGAUUUAUGAAAGAAAUCCCCCUUCCCGCAAUGAUGACUCCUUUUUGGUUGUCCUAAAUAUUGGUGAUGUUGAUGUGCCAUUGAAUUUGAGUGAAUUUUCUAAAAAGGUUGGCCAGCAGGUUGAGGUCUCGGUUAGCUCUUUGCAAUCGGGCCUAGAACCAGGACAAGUUGUUGACAGUGAAAAUUUCGUUGCCCAGGCCUAUGUGGGCUAUGUCUUACGCUUGAUCUAAAAUAUCCAAAAAAAAAAAAAAAAA